AUGACGACUCAGCAAGUACAAUCAGUAGGCAUCUACCAUGGCCUGCCAGUCUUUGGCCCUGAGCAGACUGGCUUGACAGCCAUCAUUACCGGCGCCAAUGGAAUCAGUGGCUACUAUAUGUACCGCGUCCUUUCUCAAGACCCGAAGCGAUGGAAGAAGAUCUACUGCCUGUCUCGAAGACCGCCUUUGAUUCCUGGUGGCCUGCCAGAUCAUGUUGAACACAUCCCGCUGGACUUUUUGAAGGAGCCCAAGGAGAUUGCCAACGUGCUGAAAGAGAGAAAUGUCACAGCCGACCAUGUCUUCUUCUACUCGUACAUCCAACCGCCGCCUCUGCCUGGCAAAGGCUUGUGGUCGGAUGCGGAAGAGACAGCGCGAGUCAAUUCGGAGCUGGUGAGGAAUUUCCUGGAGGGGAUGAAGCUGGCUUCUAUUACGCCUAAGCGGUUCAUGCUGCAGACGGGGGCUAAGAACUAUGGAAUUCACCUCGGACCAACAAAGCAACCGCAAGAGGAGACCGACCCUCGCAUUGAACUAGAGCCCAAUUUUUAUUACCCCCAAGAAGAUCUACUGUGGGACUACUGCAAAUCGAAUGGCUGCGGGUGGAACAUUUGUAUGCCAGGCCCAAUUCUCGGCGCCGUGCCCGAUGCAGCGAUGAAUGCGGCGUUCCCGUUAGCUGUAUACGCGGCAGUCACUAAAAAGCUCGGCCAGUCAUUCGAAUUUCCAGGCGACAUCGUUUCGUGGCAAGCCCAGCAAUCUAUGAGCAGCUCCAUGAUGAACGCCUACAUGGAGGAGUGGGCUGUGCUGAAUGGCCCUGCGGAUCAAAAGUACAAUACGUGCGACAGCAGUGCUUUUGCAUGGGAGAAGUGCUGGCCAAGGAUUGCUGGGUGGUAUGGCGUCGACUGGAAUGGUCCACAGCCAGAUGAAGAAUGUACGGCAACCGAAACGAGGUUCAACCCACGCGGCUACGGAGGCAAAGGCGUCACGAAGCGGAAGUUCUCAACCGCCGCCUGGGCGAAGAGAGAGGAUGUUCAGAAAGCCUGGGGUGAGCUGGCGAAGGAGCAUGGGUUGACGCAGAAGGAAUUGGUGGAUGUUGACCGUGUGUUUGGCUUCCUGGAUGGGACGCUCUGCCGGCACUCGCCGUUGAACUUCUCGAUGGACAAGAGUCGGAAGUUGGGAUGGCAUGGGUUUGUGGAUUCGUCGGAGUCAUUCUUGGAGGUGUUUGACGAUCUGGCGAAGUUGAAGAUGAUCCCGCCGGUGCCGAAGGUGGAUGUGACGUUUAAUUGA